AUGGAUCCUCACUCUCCUCUCCGGCGGGCUCCAACGAACACCUCCGACACCGACCUCGACGAGGCUGCUUCUCUCUCCGCCGUACAAUCGACCGCCUCCUCCGUGACUUCAAUCCGGCCCUCUCUUCCGACUGGUCGCACCCCAUCUACUCAUUCCUUGUUGGCAGCCCACAAGAGCACCGAUGGUCGAAAGUCCGCCCAUGCUGAGACCACGCGGGCUUCCGCAGAUCGCUCCGGUACCAGUAUGCCACCCCCUGCCACCAAGCCCAUCACAGACAGAAGGUUCUCCAGUUCGAUCUCUUCCAUCCGGUCCUUCAGGAGAUCCGAGGAUGGCCCUAGAAGCCCGCCUGGUUCUAUCAAGAGCUUUGAGGUAGAAAGGCUCCCAUUUGGGGCCUCGCCGGGACCUCAAACUUCCACCACUGCUCUUGAUCCUACUGUGGUUACCACCGCAUCCACUUCACGUACCUCUGGUUUGCCUCUGCUUUCGACUCCCGCCAGUUCCCCGAUCAUUCCUAACCAAACAAUUCUAGUGUCAGGAUUUGCUUCUCACGGUAAUGCCCAAGCAGUCGUUCCACAAAGUGAGCCUUCGCUUCCCGCCGGCCAGACGCUGGGGACUCCAGUUGAACCCGAUGGGACCGAAACCGCCUUGCCCACGAGAGCCCCUCGAGUCACCCAGCCUCGUUCCACGUCUUCGAAUCGACGUUUGAGCACCGCUGGAUCUGCACGAAAUGAAAGCGUGGGUGCCGAUCAUAAGGCGCCAUUUGGCCGUAUUGGAGUGUGUGCGCUAGAUGUGAAGGCCCGGAGUCGCCCCAGUCGACAGAUCUUGACCCGGCUGCAGGGAGAUGGCGAGUUUGAUGUCAUCGUCUUUGGCGACAAAGCGAUUCUCGACGAAGACGUCGAGAACUGGCCGAUAUGUGAUUAUCUGAUAUCCUUCUUCUCGGACGGCUUCCCGCUCGAUAAGGCUAUUGCAUAUGCCAAGCUACGCAAACCAUUUGUGGUGAACGACCUCCCCAUGCAAAAGGUUUUGUGGGACAGGAGACUCUGUUUGAAGAUCCUGGACCAGAUGCAUAUCCCAACCCCCAGGCGUAUUGAAGUCAACCGAGAUGGCGGCCCAAAGUUGGAAUCCGCCGAAUUAGCACAGCACGUCCGCGCCUUGACGGGCGUGGUCCUUGAAGGGCCAGAAGACGGUACCGGUGGAGGCGCUCCUUUGACACAAAAGGUCGAGCUCGUAGACGAGGGCGACACCAUUGUCGUUGAUGGAAAACACUUCAAAAAGCCGUUUGUCGAGAAGCCGGUCAACGGGGAGGACCACAACGUCAUCAUCUACUUCCCCAAGAGCCAGGAAGGCGGCGCUCGACGAUUGUUCCGGAAGAUAGGCAAUAAAUCCUCAGAGUACGAUCCCAACCUGAUUGUGCCGAGGUCCCUCACGGAAGAGAACAGUAGUUAUAUCUACGAACAGUUUCUGAGGACGGAGAACUCAGAGGACGUCAAGGCAUACACCGUCGGUCCCAACUACUGCCAUGCUGAAACGAGGAAGUCUCCAGUGGUUGAUGGUUUGGUCCGCCGAAAUACUCAUGGAAAGGAGCUACGAUACGUUACCAAACUCAGCGAGGCCGAGAGGGAAAUGGCAUCCAAAGUUUCUCAAGCCUUCGGCCAGCGCAUCUGCGGUUUCGAUAUGCUGCGAACCGGCACCGCAAGCUACGUGAUUGACGUGAACGGUUGGAGUUUUGUCAAAGAUAACGAGGACUACUACAAUGAUUGCGCAAGAAUUUUGAGAGGCAUUUUCCUGGCUGAAAAGUUCAAGAAGGAAAAUGGCAUACUAGACGAGCAGACGUCUGAGAUAGGAGCCGAUGGGUCUCACCACCGCCGGCACGGUACUAAUCACUCGCAUCGUUCAGCACUCAAGACGAUCCUCAGAUCGCCUAGCAUGACGAAGCUCUCCCAACACCUGCCAUAUUCUUCACGGCAUCACGCAGGGAGUAUUUCGACAUCGACAAAGACAUCAUCCGCGACGACUCCCUUAAGCUCGCCUCCAACCAUAGAGAAGGACUCGAAUGCCGCUGUUCCUCCGGCUACCAUCGACAAUGCAGAUCUUCUUCCUCCCCCAAAACUUGCAUCCUCGGCCCCGGCGGGGCUAUCGACAGAGCCAAUAGUCCCCAUCAAACAGCCGGAGGAGGUAGCACCACUGCCAGCAUCGAAACAUUCCUGGAAAUUGAAGGGAGUGGUCACAGUCAUCAGACAUGCCGAUAGAACUCCAAAGCAGAAGAUCAAGUUUACAGCCCAUUCGCAAGUGUUUGCGGAUCUUCUGAAAGGACAUCACGAAGAGGUGCUACUCAAGGGCGAGGCGGCUCUGGCAAGUGUCGAGGCAGCGGUCAAGAUUGCACAGAAAGAAGGCCUUGAAGACCCGGAUAAGUUGCGAAAUCUACAAAUUGCGCUUGCUAAGAAGGGCAAGCAGCCUGGAACCAAAGUUCAGAUCAAACCGAUGUUCCGAAAGAGAAAGCCCGAAGAGAUGACCCAGGCGUCAAAUGAUGCUCUAAGAGCCACCAGUCCAGACGGGUUGGCUGCAGAAGCUGAACCUUUCCAUUUGUCAGAAUCUCCCUCCACCGAGCGAGCAGGGUCCAUCUCGGACUCCAAGGACCUGGGGCGAAUGCAGGCAAGGAGCGACUCAAUAUCCGGGACGACCUUCUCUCGCUUCUCGGCAGCAGAGAACGAUCUCGUCCUUGAUAAAUUACAAUUGGUAAUGAAGUGGGGAGGCGAACCUACACAUUCCGCUCGAUACCAAUCACAAGACCUGGGCACCAACAUGCGCGACGACUUCAAACUCCUCAAUCGGGAGCUACUCGAGGAUGUGCGCAUCUUCACAAGCUCCGAGAACAGAGUGCGGACCAGCGCACAGAUCUGGGCCGCUGCCUUUCUCGAUCGCCAGGACCUUCCGGAAGACUUUAUCACCGUCCGGAAAGACCUAUUGGACGACUCGAACGCGGCGAAGGACGUUAUGGACAAAGUCAAAAAGAAGCUUAAGCAUCUCCUACGAGAAGGAAGUGUUCCUGAAGAGUUUGCAUGGCCGAAAGAUGUGCCCGAGCCGUAUGCGGUGAUGCAGACCGUCAUUGAGUUGCUCCGAUUCCAUCGGCGGGUGAUGCGGCACAAUUUCAAGAAGCUCGCAACGGGAGCCACCGCUUCCCUCGCUGCUCUGAAGGAUUCUGCGGAAGGCAAAGAUAGCAGCAGCCAGCCCAAAGAAUAUGUCAGUGUUGCCUCCAUCCAAUCUAGGUGGUGUACAGGAGAGGAUCCCGACUUGUUUAAGGAGCGCUGGGAGAAAUUGUUUUCCGAAUUCUGUGACACUGAAAAGGCCGAUCCUAGCAAGAUCUCGGAACUGUACGACACCAUGAAGUACGAUGCCCUGCACAACAAACAAUUCCUCGAAUGGGUCUUCACUCCAAGCCAAUCACUAUUGGAGGAAAUGGCGAAGGACGAUAGCAUUCCCUCUUCGAAUCCUCAGCCUCCGCCUGAACCAGAACGAAGUGAUGAACCCUCUGCUUCAACUGGCAUUGGUCGUCAUGAAAGUAUGGUCUCGUCUAGUGGGAGCAUUCAUGAACGGCAUAGCUUCGCCCAGAAGAUUGGACUUAGAAGACAAUCCAUUCUGAAGCAGCCACUUCCCACGCCGCCUCUCAUGUCGUGGGAGCAGGGUGCCUCAUACUUCAAACUCUUCACCGGUUCCGGGGACAGUCGGUCUAUGGUGGACCAGAGACUGAGCCGGCUGAGAGAGCUCUAUCGGUACAGUAAGAUCCUCUUUGACUACAUCGGCCCACAGGAAUAUGGAAUCAGCAACGACGAAAAGUUGGAGAUUGGACUCCUGACAUCCCUUCCAUUACUCCGAGAAAUAGUUUCGGACCUGGAAGAACUGCAAGCCUCUGGGGACGCAAAGUUUUUCGUGUAUUUCACCAAAGAGUCGCACAUUUACACGCUGCUCAACUGCAUCAUGGAAGGCGGCAUCCACACCAAGAUCAAGCGGUCCACGAUUCCCGAACUCGACUACCUGUCACAAAUCUGCUUUGAAUUGUACGAAGCCAAAGACGCCGAAACGGACGAAUCGACCUAUUCGAUCCGCAUCUCCAUCUCUCCUGGCUGUCACACCAUCGACCCUCUCGACGUCUCCCUUGACUCUAAGCACGCCAUUGGAAGCGCGCAGAGACGGUCGUUGACAGACCACCAGGACUGGAAGGAGGUGAUUUCGACCUUGAAGGCCAAAUUCAACACCGUGCAGCUGCCCAAGUCGUUCCUCGCCGUCAAUGUGAGUUACAAGCAUGAACAGGAGGCGCAGAGAAGAGCGAGCUUGAUGCAGGGCGAAGCGGCCAAGGCGGCCGCCGCGGCGGCGGCUCUUGGGGAAGGUGAGGAGGACAUGCAGGUAGACGAAACCAUGGCAGACGUCGGCCAUGAUCAGUCCAAGGAUGAGGCGGACGAGGUGGCGGGGAAUACAGUGCCGAUCGAAUUGCCUUCCUCUGAAACAACCACUGACGUGGAGAUGUCUCCCAACCCUCCUUCCUAG